GUGUCUCAUUAAGAGGUCAUGCGAACUCCCAAGCUAAACAAGGCAUUCUUACAUAUUUAACAUUCAAAUGCAGAAGCCAAGCUAAGCCAUGGAAGACUGUAAUCAGGAAAUCUACACUUCCUGAUCCACACAAAAGCUACAGGUUAUUUUGGAAUGUGAAAACUACUUGCUGCUUGCAUCCAUGACAACCAUGUAGAUACUAUUCACUUCAAGAAUCUACACCACCAUGUAGACAGUUGAUGCCUCAGAGUAUCCUUCUUACUUAUGUGUGCACAUGAAGAAACCACUUGCAAAGCGUUUUACUAUUGCAGGACCAAGACAUUUAAAACAAAUCUUUCAAGAAGUCGAUGGAGUACAAUCGGAAAGAUUAAAGAAAAUCCAGAUGGGGUGCAGGUGCUGCAAAAUGAUACAAAGCUAUAUUUUUGAUCCAGAAGAAGUACAAUCAUCUGGAUGUAUCCAUGAAGUAAACAGCUACAAACAUACUGAACAAGGCAGCAAUAAAUCCAAAUUUAAAGAGAAUAGCGAAAAUGAAGAACCCAAAAAUGAACUCCAGAAGGAUGAGGUAAACAAAACAGAAAAUAAAAAUCCAGUAAACAGUGCAACAGAAACUCUCUGGAAUCACAGAGGCAACGAUUCUCAAGAGGAUGGCCUUGUGAAGUGUGCUGCAAAGUUUGAUGUUGCAGUCAAUGGUGGCAACUCCUGUGCUGAGCACUCCAUGCUCAACCCCAACACAAACUCAGCAAAAGAAACCAGUGAAAAGGGAAUCUCCAGCCAGUCAGAGGCUUCUUCAGCCAGUAACAGAGACUUUUACACCAAAUCAAACAGGUCUGGACAAGAAAUUGACCUAGAGACAGGCAGUCAUAUUAAGGCAGCCAGCAAUGUGCCUAACAGCAUUCCAGACUCCCAGUCUGCAGAAGACAGCAUCUUUCUCAAAGGAAACUCAAUAUUGGAGACAGAAAACAAUGCCAUAAGACUGCCAGAUAUUGAUUAUCCCCUAAAUGGCAAUCAAACUGGGAACUAUGUUGAAAAAGAUAGCUUUUCAGUCAACUGUGCACAUUCAGACCAAAACAAUGGUGCUUCAGCAAUACAGGACCAGGGCCUUUGUAUAACCCCACCUUUGUCUGUGAAAGAGAGCAGUACUGAACCUUUUAAAACUGACUCUGAAAGUCCGAGCGAGACGCUUACUGGUGGUAUCACUGCAGUGGCUGUUACCAAAGUCACACAGGCACCCACACACACCAACCAUAAAGAUUUCAAUGGAGGAAUUGAGGAGGAAGAUGCAGAAGUUGCAGCAGCUCUGGCUGCACUGGAAGCAGCAACAGCAGGAGAAGACCUGGAAGAUGAUGACGAGUACUAGAUGGUUUCUUUCUAAUACACUGGGUAAGAUCCAGAUGUCAUUUCUGGAUCUAUAUGAACAGAUACACAGCACAUGUGGAGAGCUGUUACGAACAGCAUAUAUAAAAGGAGUUAGGACUAAACCUCUGUCCCUUCAGCUGUUUUAUAGAGCCUUUUAAUUUCUACUGCCUGAGGUACAGAAGUGGUCCCUUGGCUAAUGGUAAUACUCUUCUCUGUGGGCCCAAACAGGAGGGAAAAGCAUCAUUUCUUCCACACAGAGUAUUCAGUUGUACACCCAUCUCAUCUGGACUCAUCCAAGUGUUUCCUUUGUUUCCUCAUGAGGGUCUGCGCACACUGCAUGUUCCAGGUUCACAAAACUUCCAUUACUUAAAACAGGUCUAUUGAAGCCAUGGAGUUAGAAAGCACAGAUUUUCAUCAUUAGCAGAAAAAAAGAUACAUAAAUGAGCCAAAAUUCUAUGAUCUACUGAAGCAUGAAACAGGGAAGGUAGCUUGGAUUGAACUUUACCAUGGCUAAUGGUUCCAUUAUGGAUUAAGCCUGAAUCUGUGCACAUAUACCUGGCAUUAGAAUAACAUCAUUUCUUCCCUCACACCUCGCCUCAACUGUGUUUGAUACCCCAAGUGUCGCUGUUUCAGUUCCUUAAAACAGCAGAAGCCCAGCCAAACCCAAGAGAGUGGAUAACUCUCUGUUGGUUUAAUGUGCUGAAGUUGCUCACAUAAGAAUUGCACACACACUAUCAGAGAGGCCAGAGAGAUACCAAAACUCAGCCCCUACCAGUCUGGAUGGAUUAAAACUGUUGUAAAACUACAGCCUGAAACCUCUGAACUCCACUUAAUUUUCCAGGCACACGUCACUUGUCUUAACAAUACAGUUUUCAAACAAGUUAUGUCUCAAAUAUCCCCAGUAAGAUGUGUUUUGUUUAUACAAAAACAGCAAGAGUCAAUGGGGACCCCUCCUUGGCUCUGCUGUAGUCCCUAAAUCUACAGCAGGAAAGGGAUUGAGCUUCCAAGUUGGAUUAAGCAUAAAACCUGAAAAUAGUUGCUUUCCUGGAGGGACUGCAUUUCUAAUGGAAGAAAAAAAAGGAGGUAGAGACCAAUUUGGUGCUGCCAAUUCAGCAAAAGGAUGGUUAAAAUAGAAAGUGCUUGACAUUUUAUAUUGAAAUUUUGUGGUUUCCAAGUUUUUGUUAUAAACUCCUAAUAAAUUUUUUAACCAUAUUAAAAAUUAUCUGUUGGCUUUUGUACUUUAUGCAUUUUCUGAAUAUAAAAGUUACAUUAAAGAAGUUCAGUAAGAUAGAGCCCUCAUUAGACACAUGAGAAGCACCAAAAAUGUAUUUACCUACAGUAUAUGCUGAUUUCAAUUUCUCAAAACAAUAAUGAUACUCCUAGGAGCAAUUAAAACAACCUAAAGUCUCAGCUUCUAGAGAACUAUAUUCAGCUACAGGCAGGAGUCACAACAUUGUAUCUGUAAAAUAAAAAAGCUUUAUAUGACUUUAAA